AUGAAGCGAAAUCGCAUUCAAUUCGAGGCUAAUGGCGAACACGCAUCGAAUUCUCCGCCGCAAGGGGCAGUUGCACCGGAGGGGCACAUCCCCAAGAUUUCACGCAGGAUCCGGGCCUGCACCGAAUGCAAGAAGCACAAGGUCCGGUGUAAUAUGAACCCCGGCGAAUCAAUUUGCCAGAGAUGUCGACGGAUGAAUUUGGAAUGUGUCGUCCACAAGAGCCUCCAAACUUUGUUGGAAGAUGAGACUGACUGGAAGACAACUGUUGAACUUGCGAUGUCCGAUUUGCUAAGAAAAGCUCAAUUACCGGAACUUUCGUACUAUCAAACCGUUAGCAGAACGAUAGACGCACCCUCAAAGAGACAAGACCGCAAAGGAUCGACCGCUUCGACCGACGACAUAGGAAUAGCGACGGGUAGCGACAGGAGAACCCAUCCCAUCGACGCCAACGUCGCUGCACCAACGGCUCCACGCAACUCGUCGGACUAUAACUUUUCGCGACAACCGGCGCGGUAUUCUCCGGAUCGGGAGGAGAAUGGCACAUCAUCCUUGGUCACCGCGCCGAUGGGAAGCUUAUACGAAGUCACACAGCUGAGCGAUAUUCGGGCGAAUUCUCCAGGGGAGAACGAGUCGUCUGAUCACUCGCUUGCGACGGACUUCAUCUCGCGAGGCGUUGUGGAACUACAAGAGGCAGAAGAAUUGUUUCAGUAUUUUGACCAGGUUUUGAACCGUUAUCUUUGGGAUGGGAUAGCACUGGUACACAAGGAUCUUGCAUCCGUCCGAAACUCAUCGUCGAUGCUGUCCGCCGCCAUCCUUGCCGUAACAGCUUUGCACAUGCCGAACAAAGAGCGUACGUUUGAUACCUGUUACACCGAAUUCGCGAAACUCGCAUCUGGGUCCAUGCUUGACCGACAUCACACCUUAGAUGAUUUACGGGGGUUGUGUAUAGCGGCCUUUUGGCUUGCUGAUGUCAGCUGGAAGCUGUCCGGGUAUGCAGUACGGAUCGCAACUGAGCGCAACUUGCACCAGUGUUUUCGCAAGGCCACACAAGGUUCUCCAGAGCAUAAAGAACAAGCAAGGCUCUGGUAUCUUCUUUAUACUUUGGAAUAUCAUUUCUCUAUCGCAUACGGGCGUCCACCUAUUAUCCACGAGGAUCCCAGCAUCACGAAUCAUAAUACCUUUGUUCUUUCUCCGACAGCGCCACAGUGCGACAUCCGCUUGCAUAGCCAAGUUGAUCUGUUUAUCAUUCUCACUCGGAUAUACCAUGCAUUUGGCCCGGAUGUGGACCUUGAGGUCCCAGAAAGUGACUUCUCAAAGAUCGACAAGUUCGAUGCCGACCUAGACGAAUGGUGUACUACCUGGUUGCCCCGUAUAGCUGGAAGUUGGCACGUUGGCGCAUAUCCUUACAGAGCUGUUUAUCUACACUAUCACUUCUCCCGUUUGCAAGUGAACUCGGUUGCUUUGCGAACCUAUCAUUCGCCAACUUCAACUCGCAUAAUGUCACCUGAACGUAAGAAGCGCGCAAAACUGGCAGUCGAAUCAGCCAUUGGCACGCUUCUUACUGUUUUGGAAGAGCCGGACAUCCAAAGGGGUCUGGUUGGCGUUCCGUUGUAUCUGCACAGCAUGAUCACCUUUGCCGCCGUGUUCCUCCUGAAAAUCGCGGCCAAAGGCUGUCAAGGACAGCGGAACUCCAUUGCUUCAGCUGACUUGCACAUCGAUGUCGCAUACGUCCGGGAGUUAGUCGGACGGAUCAUUGAAUUGAUGGUAUCGUGUAGUAAGCGAGCUAGCGAACGCCAUCUCAGCCACCAUCUCGCCCGUGGUCUACGAAAGAUGCUCACUGGUUUCGAAGAAUGGGAAAAGAGAAAUUCUUACAGCCAGCCCUUCUCCCGACAAAACUCCCACGAUGUCUCACCCAUGUUCAAACCAAUUAUCAUCCCCGGUGCACAACCACUGGGUCAACGAGAUACCAUCCUCAAUCACCCACCUCCUCUACUAGGUGUGGCACCUCUAUCCGCAGAGCGAAGCAAUGGGUUUGAACCCAGUACUGUCUCAGAAGAUGAACAACUGGGGUUGUCUGAAGGUUCGAUCGAUCCGAUGAUGGGCGAUUUAUGGGGGUUCGACGAGGAGCAUUUCCCUAUGGGAGUCUUUGAUUUCUUGCAGUCGCAAAUGCCUGCAUAA